AUGAGGCAAGAUUACUUAUAUGGAGUUGCCGCAGACGUCGAGACAAGCUCAACUUUGUUCGCUCAGUCACUUUCCCCAACGACCUUUAGUCGCUCGAAGGCUGUACCUCCAAACCGGCUCGCGAAGAAAAACCCACUGCUCCCUCGCUAUCAUCCGGCAGUUACAUCUGUCGGAAAUCAAUACAUUUCGCACUUGACAUCCACACCGAUCAGAGAGGUUUAUACACCAUCCCGCACCGAACAACAGGCCUUUCCAUUACUGUUUGCAAAGCUCGAGAGGCUUUCGACGGCUACGGGGCGGUAA